GGGUCACCAGCGACUGUGAACUGUGGGGUGAGGGUGAGACUUCCUAACAAAACAAAAACUUUGCACUUUGUACCGCCCUUGGAGUCGUGCGAAUCCCGUGACAGCCGCAAGGUAUUGCAGCUCAUGUCAGUAGGCUGGUCAUCACAAUCAGUUCAAGGAUUAAGUUGUAAAGUUCAGCAACCAAAGGCAUUGACCAGUGCGGAAAAGGUGACCUAGUUCAGCUGAACCACACAACAUGGAUGCCUGCCGAGCCCUGCUCAUGUCCCUGGGUGUCCUGUCCCUGAUCCUGGUCCCGACCUCCGCCAGGGACGUUCCUGUCAAGCGGUACGUGGUUAAUCUGGACAGCCCGCCGGAGGAACACUUCCUGCCCAUCUGCCAGGACCCGGGAAUACAGGAACUCAUCCCGAUACUCAAGAAAGACGCCAAGGAUAUGAUCACGAGUGUGGUGCCAGCAGAAGUUCUGCCUCUCCUGGAGGUUCUGACUGCAGACCUGGACCAGUACCUCCCUCAGCCCUUCGCAGGAGAGAUGCGGGGCAUCGCCAACUGUACUGGGAUCGACCUGGGGCAGAUCGUCAUCCUAAACAUCGUGUACGACUUGACUGCUUUCUGCACCAGUAUUGUUGCCCAGGACUCCAAGGGAACCAUCUGGCAUGGGAGGAACUUGGACUAUGGCUUUGGGGACUUCCUACGCAACAUAACAGUCCUGAUCGACUUCCAGACCAAAGGACAGACCCUGUACACGUCCACCAGCUACCUGGGGUACGUGGGAGCACUGACAGGUCAGAGGCCAAACACGUUCACCAUCACAGUGGACGAAAGGGACCAGGGUGCUUGGUGGAUGAAUGCCCUGGAGGCCCUACUGAACAAGCAGGCUUCACUCAUGAGCUUCCUUGUCAGAGAGACUCUGGCAGAAGCUGACAGCUAUGAUGCAGCCAUACAGAGGUUAGCGUACACACCUCUCAUUGCACCCGUGUAUUUCAUUGUGGGAGGUGCUAACGUGGCAGAGGGGGCAGUCAUCACACGCGACCGAACAUCUGCCCUGGACAUCUGGACCCUGAACCCAGCUCAGGGAAGGUGGUUUGUGCUGGAAACAAACUAUGACCAUUGGGUGGAGCCGCCAGCUCAUGACAACAGAAGGGCACCAGCGAUGAAGGCCAUGAACACAACGGGACAAGAUGGAAUCAACGCAUCCUCCAUGUUUCAGGUGCUGUCAGUUCAUCCAGUGCUGAACAAGGAUACUACCUACACAGCCAUCAUGAGUGCAGCACAACCGCAGGUCUACAACACCUGGGUACGCUGGCCCUAGGGACUGGCCUGGGUACGCUGGCCCUAGGGACAGGCCUAGGUACGCUGGCCCUAGGGACAGGCCUGGGUACGCUGGCCCUAGGCUAGGGACAGGCCUGAGUAUGCUGGUCAUGGGGCAAUGAGUAUAAAUAACAGGGGAAAUCUUUCAACAACAAAGGAUGAAUGCUUUGAAAACAAAAUUUAUUGAUGUGCAAUACAUUUGUGGAUGCUGUAUAAAAAGAUAUAUAGAUUUGUUUAAGGGUUGGGGGAUGACUAAUCUCCAAGCAGGUCCAACUCACUUUGCAGGGCUUUGGAGACUCUGUAAUACUGUUCCAGAACUCUGACUGCCUUCAAUAGUGGUAACGUUAGGUGACCAGAGACACCUACAUAUUGUAGACUGUCCUAUCUUGAUGUUAAAACACUGAUGAAAAGCAACGAGAAUCAUUGAAAUGUCUCAGUUAAUUUUCAGCUUCACUUCUGGUUGAACCUGUAACAUUAAGCAUUUUGUGAACUUUUGAAUGCAGGGUCUGCCUGUGUAAUUUUAAGGGCGAAUACAGGGUCUGCCUGUGUAAUUUUAAGGGUGAAUACAGGGUCUGCCUGUGUAAUUUUAAGGGCGAAACAGUAUUACUACUGAUGAACAAAGAAUGUGUGGUAUUUUUAUGGUGAAAUUGUGCCUAAUAUUUUUAUUGUGUGAACUAUGCAAU